AUGGCCAACAGGACAAUUGAUUCUUUUUUCAAGAAAAGACGUCUAGAACCAAGUGGAAGUGGUGAAAUUCCUUGUCCUCUUCGUGAUUCUUCUCCUAAGCAUCAAACAAAGAAAUUUUGUAGAGCUGAAUCAUUAGAGUUUGAUAUUUCAUCCAUAGAACGUGAUCUUGGAAAGAGAAAAUCCAUUUGGGAAUAUCUAGAGCAUCAAAGGGAUGAGGUACGGAGAGCAUAUAUUAAGUUUGGGCCAUACCAACCUGAGCUUCCGAUUGAAUCAAUGGUUGUUGACAAGAAGGGCCGACAUUUCCUUUUCUCUUGGUAUAAAUUGUUUCCAGAUUGGUUGGAAUUUUCUCCAACAAAGAAUGCUGCCUUUUGUCUUCCUUGCUCACUUUUUUCCAAGCCAACGGACCGUUUUGGAUCAAUGGCCUUCACAACUAGUGGAUUUAGAUCAUGGAAGAAGGUAAAUGAUGGAAAAAAUUGUGCUUUUUUAAAUCACAUUGGAAAAGAUCCUAACUCAUCACACAAAGUGGCAAUGCAAUGCUAUCAUGAUUUGGGAAACUCAUUGCAACAUCUUGACAAAAUUAUUGAGAAGCAAAAUUCUGAGCAGGUUGCAAAAAAUCGGUUGCAACUUCAAGUUUCCAUAGAUGCUGCAAAAUGUUGUGCAUUUCAAGCGGUGGCUUUUAGGGGUCAUGAUGAAAGUUUAGAUUCUAACAAUCGAGGUAAUUUUAUUGAGUUGAUCAAGCAUGUGUCUUCUUAUAAUGAAAAAGUGGCUGCUGUGGUUCUUGAUAAUGCUCCUCGAAAUGCAUCUUAUACUUCUCCUAUGAUCCAAAAGGAGAUAUUGUCCAUUUGGUCGAUCAAGAUACAAAAGCAUAUUCGAGAGGAGAUUAGUGAUUCAAAAUUUUCUAUACUUGUUGAUGAGGCUCAAGAUAGAUCAAAAAGAGAGCAAAUGGCUAUUGUUCUUAGAUUUGUGGACAAGCAACGCUAUAUUCGAGAGAGAUUUUUUGACAUUGUUCAUGUGCACGAAACCAAUUCCUUGACUUUGAAGAAGGAGAUAUGUGAUGUCCUUUCUCGCCAUAAUCUUAGUGUGCAAAACAUUCGUGGCCAAGGAUAUGAUGGAGCUAGUAACAUGCGUGGAGAAUGGAAUGGACUGCAAGCAUUAUUUAUUCAGGAGUGCCCCUAUGCAUAUUAUAUUCACUUUUCAUCUUCUUGCAAACGGGUGGACCAACUUAGAGUUGCUAGAGCUGCUAGAAUUGCUGAAUUGAUUGCUAUUGUUGAACUUGAGACUGGUAGGGGUCAGAAUCAGAUGGGUACCUUAAAACGGCCAGGGACUACAAGAUGGGGGUCUCAUUUUAGUUCUAUCUGUAGCUUAUUCACAGAAUAUGAAGACAUUUGCUCUGUCCUAAUUGAUGUUAUCAAUUAUGGAAAUACAUCAACUCAAAGAAGUGAAGCUAACAGAGUUUAUGAUUUCAUGACAUCCUUUGAUUUUGUUCUUGUUAUGCAUAUGAUGAGGGACAUUUUAGGAUUUGCACAAGUACUUUCUCAAGCUUUACAAUGCAAAUCUCAAGAUAUUUUGAAUGCCCUUAAAUUGGUUUCAGUAACAAAGGAUCGACUUCAAAGUUACAGAGAUAAUGGAUGGAAUGAAUUGUUCACCAAUGUAAAGACAUUUUGUGAUGCACGAAAUAUAGAGAUGCCUGAUAUGAAUGUCAUUUAUAAAGCAGGUCGAGGAAGAAUUCGAAAACAAAAUGAUCCAAUUACCAUGGAGCAUCACUACAGGAUUGAUGUGUUUUUGGCAACGGUUGAUUCUCAAAUACUUGAAAUGAAGAAUAGGUUUAAGGAAGAUGUAAUAGAGUUGCUUAUUCUUAGUUCAGCAUUGCACCCCAAAGAUAAUUUUCAGGCUUUCAAUAUUGAACAAAUUUGUCAACUUGCAAACAAGUUUUAUUCAGCUGACUUCACAGAUCAAGAGAAGUUACACUUCAGAACUCAAUUAGAGCUUUUCCAGAUUGAGUUUUCCUGUAAUUCUCAGCUUCAAAAUUUGUCAUCACUUCAGGAGUUGUGCCAAGUGUUAGCGAAGACAAGAAAGUCAAUGUGCUAUACUCUUAUUGAUAGAUUGAUUCGUCUUAUUUUGACUCUUCCUGUUUCAACAGCUACAACAGAGCGUGCAUUUUCUGCUAUGAAAAUCAUCAAGACUUGUUUGCGUUCUAGGAUGGAGGAAGACUUUCUUGCCAACUCUAUGAUAAUGUAUAUUGAGAAAGAAAUUGCUAGAACUUUUGAUGUAAAUUCAAUCAUUGAUGACUUUGAUAAAAUUAAAAGUCGUCGUGCACAAUUUCAUAUGUCUCACACAGUCAAAUAG